AUGGAAAAAAAGGAAACUUAAAAGAAUCCACACAAACGCAAAUAAAUGCAAAGUUAGUAGCCUUAAUAAUCCUAACUACAAUAAAAACCUCCCUAAUAUCCAGUCCCAGCAAAAUGUACAAAGACUCCAUGGAGUGAAGAAGAAGACAAAUUAGUAAUAAAAAUAGUUUAGUAACAUGGCCCAUAAAAGUGGACAUUUAUAGCUUAACAUGUUCCAGGAAGGAUAGGAAAACAAUGUAGAGAAAGAUGGCAUAAUCAUUUAAAUCCAAACAUAAAUAAAGAUUAAUGGAGUUAAGAUGAAGUAUGGAUACUUUAUUUAUGCCAUAGGUUAAAAGGAAAUAAAUGGUCUGAAAUUACGAAUUAUUUACCUGGAAGGACUGAUAAUGCUAUCAAAAAUCAUUGGAACUCUUCAAUGAAAAAGCGUAUUCCUGAACUUUACUAGAAAUAUCUUUAUUUCAGAACACAUAAUAAACUCGAAAAGCCUGCUUCUUCGAAAUACUAGUAGGCUGAAUAAGAAAUUAUUAAACUUCUUUAAGAUA